CCGACACGUCCGGCGCAGCUUUGACAUCUUGCCACCAGAAGGGCCCCGAAGUGCUGGUGCAGGUUAUUAUCUGACGAAUUAUGGCAAACUUAUCCAAUACACCCUUUUUAUCCCGUAUUCCAUUAUUAAAGUUCACUAGUUACACCUCCGAUGAAUGAAGGCGUCGGGAAAACGCGGUUCGAAAACUACCGGAUGAUGUCACUUUCGCAUUCGCCCGUAUCGAGUCGUCCACCAUGGGCAGUCGACUGGAAAAGAACUCGGCAGCCGUGCGGAAACGCAUAGCGAGCCAUGAGUUCACCGAUGAAGGCGGGGAAGAGUACGAGGCGAGCGAGUUUGACGGCUUCGGUGACUAUUUCCGGAGGAAGAAACUCAAACUGCAGAACCUCGACGCCGAGUUGCGCGCAUCCAGCAAAGACAAGCCGCAGAUCUUCAAGGGCAUCGUGGCGCACGUCACGGGCUAUACCCAACCGCCGCUUCAUAUCCUUCACAAGGAACUUGUCGAGCAUGGCGCCGGUUUUCUGCAGUACCUCGACGGCAAGACCAUGGCGACCCACAUCAUCGCCUCGGCCAUGCCCCCCAAGAAGACGGUCGACUUCGCCAAGUACCGCGUCGUCAAGCCCGCCUGGGUGAUGGACUCGAUCCAGGCUGGGAGGUUGCUACCGUGGGCCGACUACCGCGUCAUUGACGACGGCCCGAGGCAAAAGACCAUCAAGUUGGACGGAGGGAAGCUGUUGAACCAGGCGACCCAACAAUCCCCUGCCGGAUACCGCGAGCAGACCCAGAAUAGCUUCUACAUGAGUCAGUUCCAGAAGCCGACCGACCGCCUGGGAUCCCAAGGUUCUAGCAGCCCGUUCCAACCGCCGUCUGCCCGGAAGAGUGCUCUAGCUGAGCUCGAGACCAUCGAUGACUUUGAUGAGAUGGAUGUGGAUAUGCCGGUUGAUGCUGCAACUAGAAAAGAGUUGCAGAGCGGCGACAGCGCCACGAGCGAUCCUCUCUCCAACCCGCAGGGGAAACAGCAUGAGGCUGAGGAGCAUGGGCCUAAGCAAGAGAUGGACACUCCAAAGCAGCCACCCACCGGGAGAGCCAUGACCUCGGAGGAGCACAACGCCAUGCUCCUCCAGGACCCCAAGAUCCGAAAGUCAUCCACCGCCAACCCAGAUUUCCUGAAGCAGUACUAUUCCGAGAGCCGGCUGCACCAUCUGUCCACCUGGAAAGCCGAGCUCAAGUCGCGGCUGAUGCGCAUGACUGCGGAGAAGGCCCCGACGGCAAAGAACAAUAAGCGGAAAAGCGGGUCGCGCCGCUACAUCAUGCACGUCGACUUCGACAGCUUCUUCUGCGCCGUCUCGCUGAAGCGCCAUGCCCCCGAGUGCCGCGACAAGCCUGCCGUGGUGGCCCACAGCACGGGCAGCGGGUCCGAGAUCGCGUCGUGCAACUAUCCCGCCCGCGCGUUCGGCGUCAAGAACGGCAUGUGGAUGAAACGCGCUCAGGAGCUCUGCCCGAACCUCAAGGUCGUGCCGUAUGACUUUCCGGCUUACGAAGAAGCGAGCCGGCUGUUCUACGGUGCUAUCCUGGAUGUCGGAGGCGUCGUGCAGAGCGUCAGCAUCGACGAGGCUCUUGUCGACAUCACCGACAUCGUGCUAUCUGCCGCCGGUUCCACUGGCGUAGGUGUCAGUGAAGGCAGCCUCUGGAGAGAGCAGGGGAAGGCGGAUGAGAUCGCAUCCAACCUUCGCGCCGAGGUCAAGAAGAAGACCGACUGCCAUGUUUCGGUCGGCAUCGGUGGGAACAUCCUCCUGGCCAAGAUCGCCCUGCGCAAGGCAAAGCCCGCCGGCCAGUAUCAGAUCAGACCGGAGGAGGUUCUGGACAUACUCAGCGAUCUCAAGGUCGAGGAUCUCCCUGGCGUGGCAUAUAGCAUCGGCGGCAAGCUGGAGGAGAUUGGCGUCAAGUUUGUAAAAGACCUGCGCGAGACAUCCAAGGAGCGUCUAGUAUCGGUCCUGGGUUCCAAGACGGGCGAGAAGUUGUGGGAGUACGCUCGUGGGAUCGACCGCGCCGAGGUCGGAGAGCAGCCCGCUCGCAAGUCCGUCUCGGCUGAUGUGAACUGGGGCAUCCGGUUUGUGAACCAGGAGGAAGCCGAGGAGUUUGUCCGGAACCUGUGCAGGGAGCUGGAGCGCCGACUUCUGAACGAAGGCGUCAGGGGCAGGAGCCUAACCAUGAAGAUCAUGCGCCGCGCGCUGGAUGCGCCCCUGGAUCCGGCCAAGCAUCUGGGCCACGGCAAGUGCGACACGUUUACCAAGAGCAUGGCUUUUGGCGUGGCCACCAACGACGGCGAGGUUAUUGGGAAGGAGGCGGUCGCAAUUCUGCGUUCUUACAAGUUCAGCCCCGGAGACCUCAGGGGUUUAGGCGUCCAGAUGACCAAGCUGGAGCCGAUCAAGCCGUCUGCUGCCCCUGAAAGGAGCCAGAAAAAGCUCAGCUUUGGCAGCGCAGCCUCCGCAGCGAAAAAGGAGAAGACGGAGCAGAUCGACGAUUCCAUGGACGCAAGGAAGUCCAGUCGCGCAUCUGGGCGGGAGGUCGAAGAAGACCCGAUAACGGUAGACCCGUUAACGCCCAGGAAACCUAAGAUGCAUCCGGCGCUGGCCCUUGCCAGGGCUAACGCUGCCGACGAAAAGGCCAACUCGCCGCUGAACAUCGCCGGAACCCAGUUCAUCAUCCCAUCAAACCCAGACCCUGCAGUUCUCGCCGAGCUUCCCCGGGACAUCCGCAGCAGACUGGCGAACCAAGCCAAGCAGGCUCCGGCCGCCCCCUCUCGCGAAGCUUCCCCAGCGAUCAAGUCUCGCUCCCACAGCCCGGCCCACACGGACGAUAUUCCGUCUGACGUCGACCCAGAAGUAUUCAAUGCGCUCCCUGAGGAAAUGAAAGCCGAGGUGCUCGCCUCCUACGGCCGCAGAAGGCGUCAGCCCGGCGGAGCCCAGCAACAGACCGUCCUCCCGCAGUCGCCCCGCAAAGACAGGGUGAUCAACCGGCCCAGGGACAAAACGACACCCACCAUGCGAGCCGGGAUCAGAAGCCUCUUCAACCGCGUGGGCGAGCGCGAACGGCAGCACGAUGCAGGCGCCGGUCUUAUGCAGACCAGCUUCGCCCCGUUGCCGAGAGCCGCCGCCGCCGACCAACAACAACAACACGAACAACAACAACAACAACAACAACAACAACAACAACAACAACAACAGCAAGACAACAAUAACACAGAUACGAUGAUAGGCGACCUCGACCCAGCCUUCCUCGCCGAGCUGCCCGAGGACAUGCGGCGCGAGGUGGUCGAGGACCAUCGCCGCCGCCGCCUCGCGCAGCGCUCCGGGCUGAGCUACCACGUCCCGGCGCGGUGUCGUCAGGAGAAGGAGGGAGGGGAGGUAGCCAUCCUCCACGGCGGGCAGACGCUGCUUAAGUUCCCCGCGAAACCGCCGAAGGCAGUCUUCACGCAGUCCGGACUAACAAGCCUCACGGAGAUCAAGGAGAUGGUCGGGGUGUGGCACGCCGCGACGCAGGAGGAAGGCCCCCACCGGGCGGACGUACAGGUUUUUGAGCAGUACGUGGGCCGGGUGGUGACGGAGGAGCGGGAUAUGGAGAAAGCGCGGGUGCUGGUGAAGUGGCUGGCGUGGAUGGUGGAGGAGGAAGGGGUGGACGGGGCCGGGAAGGCGUCGUGGAGGGAGGCGGUGCGGGCUGUGACGGCGGCUGUCCAGGAGGCGGUGAAGGAACGCGGGUUGGGGCCUAUGGAUCUUGGGUAAGGCACCUAAUACUAACAAGGUCUGUAGGAUAU